AAGUUCUCCUCUGUAGCAAUUGCCUAUUUCGGUAUCUCGGCAAAUGCCGCCCACAGCUACCGGAACAGACUGCGUACUGUACUUCGUACUCCAUUCAUCGCCUAACGAAUACCCUGCGCUACACGUACUGCCCUUCGUAUAGGUCUGUAAUCAACAAAUAUCUUAUUCUACGCGCAUAUAUCUCAUCGGAGACCCUAGACAAGCAUGAUUCUGCUCGAACCGCACAAUGUUAUCAUCCAACAAACACUCGGCGAAAAACUCAUAAAACCCUCUUCGCUCGAUGUACAGUUUGUCGACUACGACGGCGUCCGGUUCCAUCUCUCUACACCAGAGAAGAAGACAAUUCUCCUUUUGUCGAUGCAUAUCCGAUGUUGGGCUGAACUCGUUCAGUAUGGAGCACUGGAUGUGCUGAAGCGCGAAUAUGGAUCUUUGUUGAAGGACGAGGCUGAGUCGGAGUAUCAUGUCAGUCUCGAGAUUGACCUGGAGCAGGCCCCAACCGGCGCAGAGGACCGUGAAGCAUUUAUCACUUCCAUCGCCCUGUUGAAACGCAAUGCUCUCGCGGCUCCUUUUGAACUCGCUUUCAAGUCUCAAAAGCAAUUGGAGAGUGCUGGUGCAGGCCAGGGUGAACUGAUGCAGAUUCAUUAUCGCGACGAAGAGGGCAUCUAUGUGCAAUCGUCGCCUGAUCGUGUAACCGUUAUAUUCUCAACCGUGUUCAGCGAUGAGACCGAUCGUAUCUAUGGCAAAGUUUUUCUCCAGGAAUUUGUCGAUGCUCGUCGUCUCCCAGCGAUUCAAAAUGCACCUCAGGUACUCUAUUCUAACCGGGACCCUCCUCUUGAAAUUCGUCAUUUGGGAAAUCUACGGAACACAGAAGACAUGGGAUAUGUAACAUUCGUGCUGUUCCCUCGACACUUUUCAAACCCUACCGUGGCUGCGACGACGAUUUCUCACAUCCAACUCUUCCGAGACUAUCUGCACUAUCACAUCAAGUGUUCCAAGGCGUACAUGCACUCGCGAAUGAGACAUCGUGUAGCAGAGUUUCAGAAAGUUCUGAACAGGGCCAGACCUGAAGUCGCCCCCUCAGGAGACCGGAAGACUGUUAGUGGUAAAACUAUGAUAAGCAGAUGAAGGUUGAUGCGAUAGAAUGUUCUGUACAAUAUGAUACGAUGGCUGGACGGAUCCCUGUUUACAGUAUCGAAUAAUGCGAUAUUUCUGAAUCUUCCUAUUUCCCUUGCACCAGAGAUAGCUUUUACUAGAUGCUAGAAGUCUUUUAGGAAUCUCGUCAGAAAUAUCUAUAGUUUUUGAUACCCUGUUUUGAGAAUUUCAUGAUCAAGUACCUUCCGAUUUGCUCAAUAUUUUUGGUACCUGGUUC